AUGGUUGGCGCGACGGCACCUCGUAAGCGGCAAAUACAACGCGAAGAUAGUGCAUGUAGCCGUGCAAGUGAUGACGGAUCCUCGACAGACGUGAGCAGCGAUGAACAUGGAGGUGAGAGCUCUGUCUCCACGGGUGCUCUCACCUCCAUGUUCAUCAAGAGAGCUAAGCUGGAGCUAGUUGAGCCAGCCGGGGAUAGAGCGGCUGCUCAAGCUCAACGAGAUUUGGCCACGGCGGUGACGGCACAAGUCACUGUUAUGAAAUUACAGCUAGCCGUAUCCAAGCGUAAGCUUCAGGUUUUGCAAGAGCAAUCAUAG